UUCCCCUUUCAACAAUAAAAACUUUCCCAUGAAAUCAGGGCAGUACGGUCUCCUUCAGUAACAUAACUCCUCUGGAGGACCGCCUCUGUGCUUUUUCUUUUUUUCCUCUUUAAAACCAAACCGGUUUGACGUCUCUACGCUAUGAAGGGGAAGUGAAGGACUGUGUUAUAGCACACAAACAAACAAACAAACUAACUAAACUUGCAUUUGCUACGCAACGUUUCGAUUGUCUCUCUGUUUUGAUCCGUGUCCGUGUCCACACCGAGCAUGAAUAUGUUCAGAAGAGAUAAAGGAUCAACAGCCCCGACUCCAGUGGUUCCACCUAGACCCAGAGAGGAGGAUCUGGACAACCCCAUCGAGCACAGCCUCAACAGACAGGAUGCAGGAACCACCGCCAACACUGAGGUCACGUGUGAUCUUAACCCAAAGACCAAGAGAACGGGGGUGAUGGGAGUUAUGCAGAAGGUCAACCCAUUCAAGUCUACCUCACAGGCCCCGUCAACAGUCAGCAAAGCUCCCUCCUCCGAGUCACUAGAACAGGGAGCAGAUACCACACAGAACCCUGGUAUGCUGAGAGGGGUCAUGCAGAAAGUCAACCCCUUCAAGUCUACCUCGCAGGCCCCCUCCACAGUCAGAGAAGCCUCGUCGUCUGAGUCGCUAGAACAGGGAGCAGAUACCACACAGAGUCCUGGUAUGCUGAGAGGGGUCAUGCAGAAGGUCAACCCAUUUAAGUCUACCUCCCAGGUCUCCAAAGCUGCAUCUUCAGAGUCACUGGAACAGGGGCGGGAUUCAGACUCUAGUCAGAACCCUGGUAUGCUGAAAGGAGUGAUGCAGAAGGUCAACCCAUUCAAGUCUACCACACGGGUGCCAACGAGCGAUCCUCAAAAUGAUUCUGCGGAUCCACCAGAGUCGGGGUCAGAACUUCAAGGCAAACAGAAUCCAGGGACGAUCGCAGGAAUGAUGCACAAAGUCAACCCGUUCAAAUCCUCUCAGCCAAAGGAUAACCAGUCUCUACACAGUGACCUCUCCUCCAGCAGUGGAAGCUUGACGGACAAUAAAGACACACCAGAGAAUCAGAACCCUGGGAUGUUCAAAGGGAUGAUGCAGAAAGUAAACCCCUUUAGGUCUUACACACAGAAGCCAGACGAGGAAUGUCAGACGGACUCUGCGGUUCCCAGAAUGGCUUCCUCCGUCAUGGUGCAGGAAAAUCAAGUGAUUCACAGCGAGCUCUCCUCCAGCUCCGACAGUGUGGAUGACAGCACCAUAGACAGACAUACUAUUUGGUAUGCUGACGCUGACGACAGCUGCGAGGUGAAAAGCCAGCCAACCCAGGCGCCGAAGAAAAGAACUAUGACUUUCAAAAUAAAGAGGAUUCUGCCCACUGCAAUGUUUGGAUCUGGAACAAAGGACUCAUCAUCUGACACUCAAGCACCACCCGAGGAAGUAGUGGAAGUUCAGAUACUCGAGAUGGCUGAAGUGCCAGUGCCCAGUGAAGGAACAGUCCUGGACCCUCUAGACGACGAGGAAGGCCUUUUAUUGUGGUGGAGAACAGUUGAAGGCUGGGAUGAUUGGAAUGUGGCCAAUCAGGACGAUGAACCUGAAGAAGUGGUGGAAGAAGCAGCUGACCGUGUCUUCAUGGCGGCGCGUCUUUUUGUUCGCUUUUUCAACCAGCGUGGCGCCUCACUCCAGCAGCGAAUCCUCGAGCUGAUGGGUUUGGCUGAUUCGGCGGACAUUUUCCACAAGAAAACCGUCAAGGCCAGCGUCGGCGGCGGGGUGGCCAGCGUCGCAGGGUCCAUCACCACCAUCACCGGUCUCAUUUUGGCGCCCUUCACCGCGGGAGCGUCGCUCAUCGUCACGGCUGUGGGCAUUGGGAUUGCAACGGCCGGCGGGGUGGCGUCUGCCUCAGCCAACAUCACCGACACGGUCCAUUCAAAGACGGACCGCAAGAAGGUGGAGAAGAUUAUCCAGGACUACGAGGGGGAGAUGAAGGACAUCAAGGAGUGCCUGGAGUUUCUGCAGGAAGGGAUGGAGAUGCUUGAGGAGUGGAACUUUGAAGCGUACGCUGAGAGCAUCUCGAAGAAGCACCUCAACCAGAACGUCAAACAUGUAAUGAAGGAGGGCGGCCGGGCCGGCAAGGCUUUAGUGGUAAACACGGAGAGCCUGAUCAGUACCGUUCAGGUCCUCAGCGUUGCAGGUGGUGCUGCUAAAGCCGCCCAGGUGAUAAGCGUCACCACCGGAGUCAUGUCCGGUCUCUUCCUGGCUCUCGAUGUCUUUUUCCUGGCGAAGGAUGCCAAGGAGCUCAAACAGGGAGCCAAGACAGAGUUUGCCGCCAAGAUCCGAGAAGUUUGCAAGGACCUGCAGGACGGGCUGCUGGAGCUGAACCGCAUCAAGGAACAGCUGCAGAAAACCAUAGAUGGAAUAGAGGUGGAGGUAGACGAGGAGGAAGUCGAUGAAGAGCUGCUGAAGUCUGAGCUGAAGAAACUUGUUGAGUUUGACGAAUAAAAGGACAGCGGUUAGAAAACCAAACACCAAAAACAAACAUUAAAUUAACCUUUUAAGAAAAGCUAUUUUGCAGCAAUAUAUAUUAGUUAUAUUUAUAUUAGUUAUAUUUAUAAUAAUAGUAAUUGUAUUAUAGGUAUGUACA